CUACUGCUCCAUUGGUGUUAAAAUAUUCUUGGUAUACUAAACGAAUUUGUUGUGAUGUUGUAGCGGUUCGAUUUCCUCCUUGCCGUACCACAUUCUGUAAAUGACACGUUACAUCUUCAAUAUUGGAAAUGUAUUUGGGUGAUACGGUAAUUAAAUAAUUAUGUAAAAUGCAACACACUUUCGUAAUCAUUUCUACUUUUUCGACAUUUACAAGUACAUUCAUUGUAUGUAACAAAAUCCGAAAUUUGUUAUUUAAUAUACCGAAUGCAUUUUCGACAACUCUUCGAGAUCGGCAAAUUCGGUAAUUAAAUAUACGUUGCUCAUUGGAAAGACCGUGAAGUUUGUAUGGUUUCAUGAUGUUUUGCUUCAGUGGGGAAGCAUCAUCUGCCACAAACACAUGUGGGAUUUCUUUAUUUCUUCCUGGCAAAGCUUGAGGAGGUGGAAAGUUCAGCGUAUCAGUAUUAAUUGCAUAUGCCAAAGGGCUCCUUUGAAAUAUACCUCCAUCACUUAUUCUGCCAUUUCUGCCUAUGUCACUUAUUAAAAAUUUAUAAUCUUCAUCACUACAGCUAAAAGAACAAUACUAUCUGUUCCUUUAUAAUUGUGAAAAAAGGAUCGAAAUGUGGUAUGUUUUCUGUCCAUCGCUUCCAAGCAGUUUGGAUAAUUCCAGUUUUCGUAAAAUUUGUCCGAUACUGCUUUCCAUUCUUCUUGCGUCUGUGGGGCCUCUAAGGACGGGGGUUACACGCUCAGUUUGGAAUCAGUUCAGUCCGUGAUUGUGGUCAGAAUGUUGUCAGACUUCGCGUGUAAUGCGUUGACUGAUGGACUGAUAAACCAGACUGAUCGAUAUUUAAAUAUUUUAAUAAUUACUGUCAGUCUGUCGAGGAUUGACGACAGAUUGAUCGUGUAUUGCGCACAAAUCAGUCUCAAAUCAGUUACCUUCCGGUCAGCAAUGGAGGUGCACGUGGACGACUCGCAAACGCAGCCGUUGGAGGUCGAGAAAGAUUUUAUUAUAACGUUUGAAACCAUGCCAAUCCUAUGGGAUAAAACGGACAAAGAUUACGUUAACAAAUAUAAGAGAAAUGAAGCUCUGGAAAAGCUGUUGGUCAUAUAUAAAAAAAUAAAACCUCAGGUUACCUUGGAUGAUGUCAAAAAGAAGAUAAAUACAUUAAGAUCAAAUUACCGUCGUGAACUAAAAAAAAUAGAAUCAUCGCGAAGGUCAGGGGCUGGAGGGAAUGAUAUAUAUACCCCAAAAAGUUGGACGUUUGAAUAUCUUCAUUUUUUGGGCAAAUUUGAGAAACCUCAGAUUCUCGAUACUGAUGGAGAUGAUAAUGCAGAUGGACCUAGUCCAGACCUAACACAACCACAAGAACAGGAGAGAAUGGAAUCGCAAAGAAGCGUUUCAUCCAUUUCCUCUGCAAACACAGUGAUGCCGCCACCGCCUGCGAAGAAAGCGAAGAAAACCAUGCUUGCAAAGCAAAAUGAGUUAUUAGAUCGGGCAUGUGCAUAUUUAUCUGAACCCAACAGUAGCAGUAGUGGUGCUAACUCACUUGCAUGUCAUUGGGCAGAAACUUUAGACCGACUUGAUCCAACUCAAAGAUUGUAUGCUAAAAAGGCAAUCAACGAUGUGCUAUUUGAAGCGGAAUUAGGAAAUUUACAUAGACAUGCGGUUCAAAUUAAUACAGCCACAUAUAUGCCUUAUUUGCGCUCACCUCGGAUAUCUCAGCAUUCACCUCAGCCUUCUCCCCACUCAUCUCAACCAUCACCCCCACCUCCACAUUCACCUCAAUCAUCUCCGUACUCACCUCAACCUUCUCCGGACUCAUCUCAACCAUCUCCGCACCUAUCUCAACCAUUUCCACACUCAUCUCAGUCACCUGCUACCAACGUGUUAACACCUCUUUCAUCCCCUUCUCUCGCACUUGAAUUUGAAACACAAGAUUAUCAUCCUACAUACUCCAAUAUUGGGUCACUAUUUACUGACUUUACAGGAAAUUAGUAAAUAAUUGCAUUAUGUUACUUUUUGGUUGAGAUACUUUUCUCGUUUUG